UAAACCUCUCUGACUAUUUAUUGUUUUGUUUUUGCCCCAGUUUUAUUCUUUUCACUCUCAACAGUGACUUCUGCUGCUGCUGCUGCUGUUGUUGUUGUUUCAACAUGAAGUCGGCAGAAAACAAGCCCUCAGAGAAAAGAGCCCACAGUGAAGAGCAAGAGGAGGCAGAUUCUGCUCAGAGGAAGGAGCUCCAGGAGACUUUGUUUCGUUAUAUCACAGACACCCUCCCCUACACGGACAUGGUGAGAGGUUUCUGUGGGAUGUCCUCCAAGUGGUUGCUCAGGAGGGAAACUGAAUUAAACAAGAUGACGGACAUCAAGACGAGGGAGGAGCUUGCUGCCGUGAUGAAGGACACUCGAGAAGGCCUGGCCAAGCUGGAUCCCUUUCUGGAUGCUCUGGAGAAGCUGGCGGUCACAUCGCCUCACGUCUUCACACAGAACCGGGUGUUAGUCUUUCCUGAAGGCACCAGCUUUGAAUGUGUCGAGGUCAUCAUCAAUGCCGCACGGCAACUCUGCCCUGUCCUCCUGGAGUUCAAAAGAGACGCACAAGUCUUCUUCGUGCCCAAACUUCAAAAUGUGGAAGUGCUUGCAUAUCAGUUGGACAAAUACAUUCAGACCACCCAGAAAAUCUGCGAGACAUUAGAGAAAAGAUUCUUGAGUGACUUCAAAUUGAAGACGAUGAAUGAGACUGUGGUGAAUCUCCCUGUGGACGUGUCCGAGGAAGAUGUACGCAGGAUGCUUGAUCAUGUGAAUCAGCUUGAUGAGAUCAGGAUGAACGAGCACUUCCGGAUGGUGUUCUUGUUUCAAGGAGAAUCAUGUGACACCUUCAUCAGUGAGUUCAGCAAGCGACAGCCCACGAUGGUCCAGUCACUUCAGGACCUGGAGGAGGUGGCUGUUCAGCUUAACAGGAUGAAUAAAGUGGCAAAGAUCUCCAGUGUGACAGGCAGCUCAGUGGGGGCAAUCGGAGGAGUGCUCUCCAUUGUCGGCCUGGCGUUAAUUCCUUUUACAGCAGGGUUGUCUCUUGGUCUGACAGCGACAGGGUUAGGGCUGGGAAUCACCAGCGGAGUCAACAGUGCUGUCACCACCGCCACAGAGCUUGGAGUAAACGCCACACAAAAAAAGAAAGCCAGAGAAGUCCUCCAGAGCUUCAUGGAGGAUUUUCAGAGUCUCCAGAAUUGCCUCCAUGAUGUGACCAAUAAAACACUCUCCAAAAUGGAAGACAAUUUGUUUGAUAUGGCUGUAGGAGUGGCGUCGGUAUCAGUAAGGGCAAUGGGCAUUGUUGAUGCUGCCUCUUCUGUCAAGUUGCUGAAAAACACAAAGGUGAUUACGGGUGUUGGUAAAGUAGUGGCUGAGGAAGGUAAGACUUUGCGUAAUCUGCCCAGGUUGGCCUCAGACAUCCCAGAUGUUGGUCAGGCAGCAGCCAAAGGGUCUCUCGCUCUUUCAAAGUCAGCCAGGGCAGGUUUAAUCGGACUCAACGCUCUUUUCAUUGGCAUGGACGUUUACUUCAUCUAUAAGGACAGCAUCAGUCUUGCCGAAGGCACCGAGACCGAAGUCUCACAGUUCAUCCGGGCCAGAGCUGCACUCUGGAGCUCAGAGAUGGAAGCAUUUCAGAGGAUGCACGACUCCCUGUGUAAAGGCCAGCCAACAUCGGAGAAGAAUGAAGCUCUUCUGGAGACGCCUUACUAUCCGGAUUCCUGCACCAACAACAAAGAAAUAUAAAAUAUAAAAAAAUAUCACCAUGCAGGGUCAGACCCGUCGCCAGACCUCAGUCUU